AUGCCUAAACGAUCUUGGAAAAAAACGCUUAUAAACAAUCUAACUUCACGAAGCCGCAACUCGUCUCAAGAACACCUAGAAGAGCAUCGUCAUCAAACUGAUCAGGAUUCUCAAACUUCUCACGAUUAUCAAACUUCUCACAGUGAAGACUCAUUAAAUACAGAACAUAAUCAGGUUUUUGCUCGUCCCACACGUGCUGCUAAAGUGAGAUGCUUGCAAAAUUUGACUGAAAUUACACGAGCAGAAAGGUCUUAUGAUUUAGAUGUUUCACGAGAGCGUGCGGCCCAACGUCGUGCGGCAGAGCGUGUAGCUUAUGAGAAUGAUGAACAACCAGAGCGUCGUCAGCGAGAUUUGCGGCAGCGUGCGGCACAUCGUGUAGCUUCUGAGAAUGACGAACAACGAGAGCGUCGUCUGCGAGAUUUGCGGCAGCGUGCGGCACAUCGUGUAGCUACUGAAAAUGACGAACAACGAGGUCAACGUCUGCAAGAUUUGCGGCAGCGUGCGGCACAACGUGUAGCUAAUGAAAAUGAGGAACAACGAAAGCACCGAUUAGAAGAACAAAGACGUCGAGACGGAAGACGACGUAGGACUUUAGAACAAUUGUUUGCCGACUUAUAA